GUGAGAACGAGAAACGGAACGCGGUGCUUACUACUUGUCUUUGAACAUUACUCCUGUCAAUAGACGUUUUAAAUAGUUACUUCCCUUAUCUUACUUUUUCGUUAAUGUUUUCAGCCCUUUGUGGCUUCUUAACGCAGUUGCAAAGUGCACCGUUUCUAAGCUCCUUAACGCGUUAGUGAAUUGCACGGUUUUUGGACAUUGUUUGUGGUGCCUCAUUGGAUUGUCGGACAGCCAGCCGAGGAAGCUUGGAUGAGCUGCUUUUUUAAAAGUCGGACAUGGGUUUGCCGCUGAUCUGCCUUUCCCUGUGGAUAUUGCAAUACAAUUCUGUCCGACCAGAUUCUAUCAUUCAUAUUGGUGCUAUAUUUGAGGAAAAUGCAGUAAGGGAUGAUGACAUUUUUCAACUUGCCAUUUCUGACUUAAGUCUCAACGAUGACAUUCUACAAAGUGAAAAAAUCACCCACUCAGUAAAACGUAUCGAGGCUAACAACCCAUUUCAAGCGGUACAGGAAGCCUGUGAGCUGAUGAACCAGGGCAUCCUGGCUCUGGUCACAUCUACAGGCUGCGCAGCUGCCAACGCCCUUCAGUCCCUGACUGAUGCCAUGCACAUACCCCACCUGUUCAUCCAAAGGAACGGCAAGGGCUCGCCGCGCACAGCAUGCCACCUCAACCCGAGCCCCGAUGGGGAGAGCUACACCCUGGCUGCCCGGCCGCCUGUCCGCCUCAAUGACGUCAUGCUGACCUUGGUCACUGAGCUGCGCUGGCAGAAGUUCAUCGUCUUCUAUGAUGCGGACUACGACAUUCGCGGGCUGCAGACAUUCCUUGACCAAGCAUCUCGACAGGGUCUGGAUGUGUCUCUACAGAGGGUGGACCACAAUGUCAGCAAAGUGUUUACAAACCUGUUCCACACCAUGCGGACUGAAGAACUCAACCGCUACCGCGACACUCUGCGGCGGGCCAUGCUGCUCAUGAGCCCCCGAGGAGCACAGGUUUUCAUCCACCAGGCUGUGGAAACCAACCUAGCAUCCAAGGACAGUCACUGGGUUUAUGCCAAUGAGGAGGUGAGUGACACGGAAAUCAUGGAGCUGGUCCACAGUUCGUUGGGCCGAAUGACCAUCAUACGGCAGAUCUUUCCUCUGUGGAGAGACACCAACAUCCGCUGCAUGAGGAAUAACCACCGCAUUUCCUCCCUGCUCUGCGACCCUCAAGAGGGCUACCUGCAGUCCUUGGAGGCCUCCAACUUGUACCUGUAUGACAGUGUGCUGAUGCUGGCCAAUGCCUUCUACAGUAAGCUGGAGGACAGGAAGUGGCAUAGCAUGGCCAGUCUGAACUGCAUGAGGAAAUCCACCAAGCCAUGGAACGGGGGUUGGUCCAUGCUGGACACCAUCCAGAAGAGACGGAUCACUGGGCUCACGGGAAUGAUGGACUUCCGCGCAGAAGGUUCAAACUCUCACGUCCAGUUUGAGAUCCUCGGGACCAGCUACAGUGAAACAUUUGGGAAAGACGUCAAACGGUUGGCAACUUGGGACUCAAUUCGUGGAUUGAACGGUAGCCUGAAGGAGAGUCGGAUUGAGAACGGCAUGCAAGGAAUUACAGUCAAGGUGGUAACAUUACUGGAGGAACCCUUUGUGAUGGUAGCUGAGAACAUCCUUGGGCAGCCUAAACGCUACAAAGGGUUCUCUAUUGAUGUUCUGGAUGCACUGGCCAGGCUCCUGGGCUUUAAGUAUGAAAUCUACCAGGUGGCUGAUGGGAAGUACGGCUCCCCUACCUUCAAUGGCUCCUGGAAUGGCAUGAUCGGAGAGCUCAUUAGUAAGCGAGCAGAUAUGGCACUAUCAGCCAUCACCAUCACUCCAGAGAGAGAGAGUGUGGUGGAUUUCAGCAAGCGCUACCUGGACUACUCUGUGGGAAUUCUGAUGCGGAAGUCAGAAGAUAAGAUCAAUAUCUUCUCUCUCCUGGCGCCCUUUGACCUAGCCGUGUGGGCAUGCAUCGCAGCCGCCAUUCCUGUGGUUGGGGUCAUGAUCUUCAUCCUGAGGAGAGUCCAGUCUGUCCGUGCCCAGAAUCCUCCUGCGGGACACCAGGUCGCCUCUGUUUCCACCUCCCUUCAGAGUGCUAUCUGGAUUGUCUAUGGAGCCUUUGUGCAGCAAGGUGGUGACUCCAUCCUGGGUUCUGUGGCUCUGCGUAUCGUUAUGGGCAGUUGGUGGCUAUUUACCCUCAUUGUGUGUUCCUCCUACACAGCCAACCUAGCAGCCUACCUCACUGUGUCCCGCAUGGACAAUGCUGUGCGGACAUUCCAAGACCUGUCCAAGCAGAUGGACUUAGCCUAUGGAACAGUGAGAGACUCAGCCGUGUAUGAGUACUUUAGAGUAAAAGGCACCAACGCUCUGGAGCAAGACAGCACCUUCGCUGAGCUCUGGAGAAUCAUCAACAAGAACAACGGCCACGAAAACUCAGUCUCCAGUCCUUCUGAAGGCAUCCGCAAGGCAAAGAGAGACUCCUUUGCUUUCCUGUGGGACAUGGCUGUGGUGGAGUAUGCAGCCCUGACAGAUGAUGACUGCACCCUGACGGUGGCAGGCAACAGUAUGAGCAGUAAGGGCUAUGGACUGGCCCUCCAGCACGGCAGCCCAUACAGAGACCUCUUCUCCCAGAAGAUCCUGGAGUUGCAGGAGAAAGGGGACCUGGACAUCCUGAAGCAGAAGUGGUGGCCCAGGAAGGGCCGCUGUGACCUGGACAGCCACUCCGAGGCCCAGCCAGAGGGCAGGGCUCUGAGACUUCACAGCUUCGCUGGGGUUUUUUGCAUCCUGGCAGCAGGGCUGCUGUUGGCCUGCCUGGUGGCUGCCCUGGAGAUCUGGUGGAGCAGCAACCGCUGUCGGCGAGAGCAGCCCAAAGAGGACAAAGAGGUGAAUCUAGAACAGGUCCAUCAGCGUUUGAACAACCUCAUGGAUGAGGACAUGGCACACAAGCAGUUGCCGGGACAAUCCAUUGAAAUCUCAGCCCUUGACAUUGGCAGCAUGCAUUCCAGCCAGUCCCUGGAAGGCCUACCUUCUCGGGACCACUAUCCAGGCCACCAUCGUGGAUCAAUCUCUGUGACCACCUUCAUCCAGGAAGGACAUGGGACGGGAAGGACACUUGGCAGGGGCACUGGCAGAACCCUCCCCCUGCCACUCAACAGUGCUACCAUGCCCUCCAUCCGCUGCAAACACAGGGCACCCAACGGGGGUCACUUUCGACAGAAUCCCAUCGAGACACCCAUGCCACUGUCAUACCAGUCAGUGCCCGGAGUCCCCGUUCCAGAAACAAUUGAUGGACAUCAUGGAACGUCGAUCUAAACACUCUGGCUAAACCCAAUCACAGACACUUAAGCCACGUUUGUACCAGGUUCUAAAAUGUCUUUUGUCCUAAACUGCCUACAUUUACACACAAAUGUAGACUAUUAAAAGAUGCGUUGUGAUCUAAAUGUGGUUAGAUCUUGCUGACAACUUCCAGAGGUGGCCAAGGACCCGUUAUGUCUGGAUAUCUUUGGCUGUGUCUACACUUUACACUUCUGCUUUCAGAAUACAAUGUUAACUAAAAAAGUUUGUUUGCAGGGACCUCUUUGUGUAGAUGUAUCCUGACCAGGAUGCAGUCGAAUUGCCAAAUGUAAGUGACAUAAUCAGCAUACCACCCACAUUUGUGUUUUGGGACUGAGCAGCAGCUUUUCACUAUGAAGUUUGAAACAUGUUACUUGAGUGUGAGGAAUAUUUAUACCCACUUAAAUGCCAGCCAGCUAAAUAGUAUUUACAGGAAGAAAAAAACUUGUAGACUAUAGCCAUGUUCUGUGCUGUCCUCGACAAGUACAUCCAGGUGGCGUGAGAAAUAAACAUAGAGCCUCUUACAUGCUGCUUUUGGACAUUAACAAGGCAACCUCUUAACUCCUACAUAUUUUCUGGAUUGGUUGAACAGUGCGGAAGAGAAUCUCCCCGUAAAUGUAUUUUUUCUUUGUGUGUGUCAAAUGUGUGAGAUCUAGUGUAAAGUGUUCUUGGGAACAAGCAGCAGUCAACAACAAUGUAUGACAGGAAGAUACAUUUGAGACAUUUUUAUUAUCUAACAUUCAGGACAACAUUUUACAUUCCUAUAUAAGUAAUUAAGCAGACACCGUUUUCCUGGGCAACUUAGUGUGCACAUACAUUUUGAUAAUUUUUCAUACUGGCCACCCUUGGGAAGUGAAUGCACAAACCUGGUGUUCUAGCACCAUGCUCUUACAAACAGUAUGUAGAACAAAUUACCUCAAAAUCUAACAAGAUCACUGAGUUGCAGGGAGAAUUUAAGUAAACAUUCAGUACAUUGUGGAGCUCCAUGCUAACCCUGUGCUAAAUUUAUAUAUGCAGGGGUUGGACAAAAUAAACGAAACACCUAACAAUAUAUUAAUAUCAAGGACCAAAUAAGGAGUAUGGCCACCCUUUGCCUUUAGAACAGCUCAAAUCCUUCUUGAAAUGCCAUCAUAGAAGUUCUGAACUGAGUGUAGUGGUGUAUAGCACGGUUUUUCAAGAACAAAAGCCUCCAGUUCUUUGAGGAAUGGAGGUGGAAAUGUAAUUUGCACUCUGUGCUCCACAACGUCCCAUAAAGUUUCAAUGAUGUUGAGAUCUGGUGAUUGGGGAGAACAUAGAAGGCAUUUGACGUCAUCCUGGUGUACAUAAGACCACUCCUGAAUUAGUUUAGCAGUGUGUAUUGGAGCAUUAUCAUCCAGGAAUGAACCUGGUCCUGUAGAAUGGCUUAAUGUUCCUUGGCCGUUAUACGACCAUGCAGAGGCGUUCGGCUUUCUCCAAACAUUAACCUGUCAGAAUGUAAGAAAUAUGGUGAAAGAUAACUUAUCAGACCAUAUUACUUUUUUCCAUUGCCUAGGGCUCCAGGUCUUGUGCUUUUUACACCAUGUUAUGCAUCUUUGCUCAUUAGCUUUGGAUACAAGUGGUUUCUGAAUUGCAGUCCUGCCAUAAAAACCCAGGUCCUUGAAGCCCUCGACGUACAGUUUUUGUUGAGAAUGGGUCACAGAGGUGCUCAUUCAACUGUUUGGUCAUUUUCAAGGCGGUGCUUUUGGGGCAUUGAUCAACUGUCCUAUUAAGAGUUUUUCCGUCAUUGUCAGUCAGCUUUGACUUGCGACCACUGUUCCUUUUUGCCGAUGCAGUUUCUCCAUAUUUGACGUAUGCUGUCAUGAUUUUUGAGACUGUUCCCCUCGAACCAUUGAAUAGUUUCGCAUUUUUCGUGACAAAUGCAAUUCGGGCACCAACUAUUUGGCCUCUUUGGAACUCAGUGGCCUCGUAUUCCUUUGAAAACUCAAAUAUCAAUGCUAAUUGUCAGACCUGUUUUAUAGCUGAUGCGUGUACUGCUAAUUGGCAAUCAACCUAAUGUGACAGCUGUGUAAUUGUGAUUUAGUGAAAUGAGAGUAAAAGUCCUUUUCCAUGUGGUGUUUCUAUUAUUUUGCCCAUCCCAUGUAGAUAUUUAUGCUAAUCUAUUUGCAAACUUUUUAGAUUCACAUGUUAACUUGCAGGCUACAUUAGUUAUGUAGUUAACUAGAUAGUUAAAUACCUCCACAAGUUGUUGUUUUGAGAUUCUCAACUUUUUUGACAAUCUCACAAAUGCUUACUGGCAUUAGAAUAAAGCAUGGGAAAAUGGAAUCAAAACAUAAUCUGGGCACCCUAGACACAUUUAAAUCCAGGUGUAAACGCAUGAUGUGUUUUGAAUUCCAUGAUCAGAAUACAAAAACUGUAUUUAGUGUUAAAUAUGAAAAAUGUAUUUAGUUUAGUGUAGACACAGCCUUGAAAAGAUAUAUGGAUCUGGACAGUACAACCAUAAAUCAUUUGCCAGAUGGCACCAUUAACAUAUGGAAUCAAUAUGUCUUAAAAUAAUAAAUAGAUAUUAUUUUCAAAGAAUAUCUGUCAAAUAAUUAGAAUACAGGGACCAGGAAAUCGGGUCAUUGUGGACCACAAUGUGGAUGUAAGGACACGUUUUAGAUGCAUGUCUGAAGAUGGGCGCAAUCAAAAUGUGGACCAGAUUAGGGCACAAAACCAGGCAUAACGGAGUAUCGUGUUUGGUGAAUUGUGGAAGAAAGUAUAAAUAUGGAUGACAAGAUAAAUUGUUUUUGCCGCUAAAAAUGUGGUGGAAAACAAAUUACUUUCCUGUACAUAUUUGUAAGUAUUGAAAAAAGAGGUGAGGAAAAAUUUUAUUUUGAAU